GGCCCUGGUUAAUGAUUCGCCCUGUUCCUGGAGUGGGGUGGGUGGGGCAAGAGGAGGCUGGUGCAGGAGGGGGACGCCUCAAAAUGCUCAAGAGGGCCAAACUAGUUCCCCAGCCGCUCCAGGAAUGUGUGGCCUGCGGGUGGGGCUGGGCACAGGAGGGCAGGGCCGAAGGGCCACAGUCCUGAGCCGGUUGUUGUGGCAAAGCCAAGAGAAGAGGAAGGCCAGGCUGUGAUGGAGGCAGGCCUGGCCUGAUCUCAUGGCCCGUGUCCUCCCCAUAGGACAGGGAUGGUCUUGGAGCUUGUGGUAAUGGAGCUGAAGGUGUGGGUGGAUGGCAUCCAGCGCGUGGUCUGUGGGGUCUCGGAACACACCACCUGCCAAGAAGUAGUCAUCGCGCUAGCCCAAGCUAUAGGCCAGACAGGCCGCUUUGUCCUUGUGCAGCGUCUUAGGGAGAAGGAACGGCAGCUGCUGCCGCAGGAGUGUCCAGUAGGAGCCCAGGCCACCUGUGGACAGUUUGCCAAUGAUGUCCAGUUUGUCCUGAGGCGGACAGGACCCAGCCUGUCUGGAAGGCCCUCCUCAGACAACUGUCCACCCCCGGAACGAUGCCCAGUUCGGGCCAGUCUUCCCCCAAAGCCAUGGGCCGCACCAGGCCGUGAGCCACACAGAGCACUGACCUUCAACCUAGGAUGUCCCAGGGUGGUCCCCAGCCCCUCGAUCCCUGAACCUACAGCCCUGGUAGGACCCACGCCAGACUGCUUUGCAGACCUGCAGAGCCUGGAACUCAGGAUACAGAGGAACGCUGAGGAGUUGGGCCAUGAGGCCUUCUGGGAGCAGGAGCUUCGGCGAGAACAAGCCAGGGAGCGUGAGGGACUGGCGCGCCUGCAAGCAUUGAGUGCGGCUACUGCUGAGCAUGCAGCCCAGCUGGAGGCCCUCGAUGCCCAAGCCUGUGCCCUGGAGGCAGAGCUUCGGCUGGCUGCUGAGGCCCCUGGGCCUCCUUCAGCUACAGCAUCUGCUACUGAGCGAUUGCGCCAGGACUUGGCUGUCCAGGAGCGGCAUAGUGUGGAGAUGCAAGGCAGUUUGGCCCUGGUGAGCCGGGCCCUGGAAGCUGCUGAGCACGCUCUGCAGGCUCAGGCUCAGGAGCUGGAGGAGCUGAACAGGGAACUCCGUCAGUGCAACCUGCAACAGUUCAUCCAGCAGACAGGGGCUGCUCUGGCGCCACCUUCACAGCUGGACAGAACCAUCCCUAGCACACAGGACCUUCAGCCUCCAACCAGAGAAGAGCCCCUCCAGGGAGUCCCCGAGAGCCAUAUCCUAGUGUCCAGCCUGAGCCCCGAGGUUCCCCCCAUGAGACAGAGCUCCUGGAGGUAGCAGUUCCUGCUCAAGUAGGGGACACUGAGGACAGAUGAGCCAGCACAGCUGGAAUGAGCCACCUGGACAAUGGGAGAGUAUGAUCACGGGAUUCUUUCCCUAAAGUGGGGAAAGCUAUGAUGUCCCGGGGUUUCUGCUUCAAGGGGCGAGAGUGCUAGCCACCUGUUGUCUAGUCUUUUUCAAGUCUCCCAAGCCCUCUGAAGAAGCAGUGGACACAGUUCGGAACUUACCAGGCCCCAAAGGCCACUCCUUGUUGGAGGAGAGAGUAGUGUGGACAGUGCAUUCAUCCUGUGGGUGUGUGCUUUCUCUUUGCUACACUGCGUGUGUGCUGCCUUCCUUGCCCUGACAAACCUCAAUAAACUACCUUUCAAAGGUG